AUGGCAGCGUCAAUAACAAUUGGUCAUCCGUCAUUUUCGGCAUUCAAACCAUAUUUACGACUUGCUAGUCAAACUGUCGAUAAUACAACAAGUGAUGAUACUACUAUGUACGUAACAACAGGCCUUGACAAAUCAAUCGGAUCCGUAAAUGUAAAUGCAACGACAAGGCGACGACAGAGGACAACUUUUACAUCUGUUCAAGCGGAUACAUUGGAAAAGGAAUACCUCACAGAUCAAUAUGUGCCACGAAGUAGACGUCUGCUAAUUGCUCGUUCAUUAGGUUUAAAUGAGAGCCAGGUGAAAACAUGGUUUCAGAAUCGUCGAGCCAAAGAUAAACGUAACGAUAAAAAUGUUAUUCUACACAGGCAUAUCAGUUCAAAUACGUCUUCACCGCCAGAUUCAUCACCUGAAGCCAAUGAGAACAACGCUGUAUUGAUCCAGCAGUUAUGUUCCAAAACAUUCAACAAUAUACAGCUAGUACUUCGAUGA